AUGGUAAAUUAUAAAAUCCAUAAAGACAAAAUAAUGCAUCUCAUUCGGACGCUAAGACACUUACAUCUAGAAAUUACAAAAACAGGACGACAAAUAAAUAAUAUUUAUUGUCUGCAACUUUUACUUGAAUUAGCGGUUCAUUUUACAAUAGUGACAUCGAGUAUUUAUUGUUUAUAUCUUACAUAUUCUGGCCAAUUACACACAGUCAAUAACGAAAAGAUUAUUGCCUUGGCAAUAUGGACGUUCAUAUAUUCAAUUAAAAUUAUAUUAAUGAAUGGACUUUGCACAAGUGUAUCAUCCGAGGCAUAUAAAACUGGUGAAAUUAUACAAUCCUUUGAAGCGUCUAUUAUCGAUGAUGAUAUGAGAGAAGAGAUUCAUCAAUUUACACAACAAAUAAUACUUAGAUCAUUAAACUUUACCGCUUUUGGUUUCUUUUCAAUUAAUAAUUCUCUUACCGGCAAGUUCUUUGCCACGGUCACAACGUAUGUGGUUAUUUUAAUACAAAUAAACUUCGUACCUGUAACAAUCCGUAUGACAAAAUAA